GACUGGAGCGCACAACAAAAUAAAAUAAUUAAGAUGUACGAUCAAAAAACAAUCGAAGAGAAAGACGUUUAAACUGUAUACUAGCGAUCAAUUAUAAUACUCAUAAUCUGGUUUGUUAUCAAUUGCGCCGCAGUGAUGCUAAACCUCCCUGGACAUUUUUCAAGAUGAGCUGGUAAAUGUGUUUAUCAGCCGGGCAGUUUAUUGUAAACGUAAACUGUAAGUUAAACGUAUUUAAAUGGAAAAGGAAAUGUGUGUAAAUUUGCAGGAAUGAUUUGUCAGUGUGAAAGCCGUUUCGACUGAAAUCAUCCAGAUGAUCGGCACCAGAGCGCGAUGGACCGCAGGAGUCAUCUGACGAGCAGAGAUUAUAGAGUCAUCAGGAAGAUCGGAGAGGGAACUUUCUCUGAGGUGAUGAAGGUGCAGAGUCUGAAAGACGGCAAAUAUUACGCCUGUAAAACCAUGAAACAGCCCAUAGACAGUGUGGAUCAGGCGAACAGUCUGAGAGAAGUUCAAGCCAUGAAGAGACUCAGUCCACAUCUCAACAUCCUUCAGCUUCAUGAACUCAUCUAUGACCAGGACUCUGGAAGUCUGUCACUGAUAUGUGAACUUAUGGAAAUGAACAUAUAUGAAUUCAUUAAAGGACGGCAGUAUCCUUUGCCCGAGAGUAAAGUCAAACAUUAUGUGUAUCAGUUGUGCAGAUCUCUCGAUCACAUGCACAGCAAUGGAAUAUUCCACAGAGAUGUGAAGCCAGAGAACAUCUUGAUCAAAAAUGAUGUGCUAAAGCUGGCAGACUUCGGUUCCUGCAGGAGCAUCUACUCCAGACCUCCUCACACUGAAUACAUCUCCACACGCUGGUACAGAGCACCUGAAUGUUUACUCACAGAUGGACACUAUUCUGAGAAGAUGGACAUGUGGAGCGCAGGAUGUGUCUUCUUUGAAAUCCUCAGCUCGAGUCCUCUAUUCCCUGGACAUAAUGAGCUGGACCAGUUGAACAAAAUCCACAAUGUUCUGGGCACACCAGACAGCACGCUGUUGAAGAAGUUCAAACAGUCUCGUGCCAUGAGCUUCGAUUUUCCAAUUCGCAAAGGCUGCGGGAUUUCUCAGCUCAUUCCUCACUGUUCUGCUGCUAGUCUGUCUGUGCUGCACCUGAUGUUGACCUAUGACCCUGAGGAACGCAUCAGCGCCCGCGCAGCUCUGCAGCACCCCUGCUUCAGAGAACUGCGGAUUGCAGAGAGAAAAGCAGCAAGACUGCGAAAGGUCCUCGGAGCCGUCGAGGGAGUGUCUGGUGGGACGCCGGCAUCUGUCGAUCAUCUGUGGCGAAUCGCACGGCAGGGCAGAAGACAGCACCUAAAGCAGACCGGUGACCCUCUUAGUAGACGAAACGCUUCUCAUUUUCCUCUGGAGCUUCCGAAACUCAACGUUGUGGUGCCGACUCCUAAAGUCCCCUAUCCAGUGUCCACCUUCCCUGCCCUGACAAUUUCACAUCGCGCCUCUCUGCCUGCCAUCUCCAAAAAGUGCCAGUCACGUCUGACCAAAGUAAUCAUCUCUUCUAUUCAGCCCAAGGAAGAGUCACAGCGUUUGCAGAGAUACUACAUCCCCCCGCUGAAGCGCAAUGCAGACCACUACUGAAGUCUGUAGACAUCAGAUGAUGCCACUGCUUGUAAAUGAUGAAUGCAAGGAACGACUGACUUCUGUAAGACCUGUAAGCUGCGAUCUACAGAUUGUGUGUUUGAUCAAAUCAAUUAAAGAGGUUUACUUUUG